UCUGGCAUUAGUUUGCUCCCAGCCCUCGACGCACGAAUAAGAAUUACUUGUGAAAUUUGCGAAUUGUUUGCUAAAAAUCAAAAUGGUCCUGGCAACUUUAUCCGCGGGUGUUAUUGCUCGCAUUAUGCAUGGCGAGGUUGUCGACAAGCCGGUGCUGCAGAUCCUGGCGAUCAAGAAAAUCAACAGCACUGCGGAUGCGGAGCGCUACCGCAUCCUGAUCUCCGACGGCAAGUACUUCAACAGCUAUGCCAUGCUGGCCAGCCAGCUGAACGUGAUGCAGCACAAUGGAGAGCUGGACGAGUUCACCAUCGUGCAGCUGGACAAGUAUGUGACCUCCAUGGUGGGCAAGGACGGAGCUGGCAAGCGCGUUCUCAUCAUAUCCGAGUUGACUGUCCUUAAUCCGGGUGCCGAGGUGAAAGCCAAAAUUGGCGAGCCCGUGACUUACGAGAAUGCCGCCAAGCAGGACCUGGCGCCCAAGCCGGCCAAAUCUACUUCUCAGCCCGUUGCCAAAAAGGAACCAGCCUACAACAACAACAAUAAUAAUGUAACAAUGAAUUCCUCGCUUAACAGUGGCAUGACUCAUCCGAUUUCCAGCCUGAGUCCCUACCAAAACAAGUGGGUGAUCAAGGCACGCGUCACCUCCAAGUCGAGUAUUCGCACCUGGAGCAAUCCCCGCGGCGAGGGCAAGCUCUUCAGCAUGGAUCUAAUGGAUGAAUCGGGCGAAAUUCGUGCCACGGCCUUUAAGGAGCAGUGCGACAAGUUCUACGACCUCAUCCAAGUGGACAGCGUCUACUAUAUUUCCAAGUGUCAGUUGAAACCGGCCAACAAACAAUACUCGACGCUGAACAACGCCUACGAGAUGACCUUCUCCGGCGAAACGGUUGUCCAGUUGUGCGAGGAUGCCGACGACGAUCCCAUUCCGGGAAUUAAGUACAACCUAAUUCCCAUUUCCGAGGUGUCCGGGAUGGAGAACAAGGCAUCGGUGGAUACUAUUGGCAUUUGCAAGGAGGUGGGCGAGGUGCAGUCUUUCGUUUCCCGCUCCACAAACAAGGAGUUUACGAAGAGGGACAUUACGCUGGUUGACAUGAGCAACUCGGCCAUCAGUCUCACACUGUGGGGCGACGAAGCCGUCAACUUUGACGGCCAUGUGCAACCUGUGAUUCUGGUCAAGGGAUCACGCAUCAACGAGUUUAAUGGCGGCAAGUCCUUGAGCCUCGGCGGUGGUUCCAUUAUGAAGAUCAACCCGGACAUCCCCGAGGCUCACAAGCUGCGCGGCUGGUUCGACAACGGAGGUGGUGACAAUAUCGCCAACAUGGUCUCGGCCCGAACUGGCGCAGGUAACUUCUCCGCCGACUGGAUGACUCUGAAGGAUGCGCGGGCUCGCAACCUCGGCAGCGGCGAUAAGCCCGACUACUUCCAGUGCAAGGCGGUGGUGCACAUCGUCAAGCAGGAGAAUUCCUUCUACCGCGCCUGCCCCCAGAGCGAAUGCAACAAGAAGGUCGUUGACGAGGGCAACGAUCAGUACCGCUGCGAGAAAUGCAAUGCACUGUAUCCCAACUUUAAGUACCGCCUGCUUAUCAACAUGAGCAUCGGCGACUGGACUUCCAACCGCUGGGUCAGCAGCUUCAAUGAGGUUGGCGAGCAGCUUCUCGGACAUUCUUCGCAGGAAGUUGGCGAGGCCCUUGAGAACGAUCCAGCCAAGGCCGAGCAGAUAUUCUCCGCCCUCAACUUCACUUCGCACAUCUUUAAGCUGCGCUGCAAGAACGAGGUUUACGGCGACAUGACCCGCAACAAGCUCACUAUUCAAUCCGUGGCCCCCAUCAAUCACAAGGAGUAUAACAAGCACUUGCUUAAGGAGCUGCAGGAGCUCACUGGCAUUGGCUCUUCCAACUAAUUUUCAUGUGCAGCUCGCUUACACACAUAUACCAUAAGCUAUGAAAAUAAGCUAUUCAUUAAAUUACAUAAGUUAAUUCAAAACAUUGUGAAUUGGGUCUUAUCUCAGCCACUUUUCUGUUCUAAACCGAUAUAUAUAUACUCUUCUUCGCGGAUUUGUUAUUGUGAAAACCAUAGAAUUAUAGCAUGAUAAAAUAAAUAUCUAAGCAUCCAAGGA